UACAAUACAUCGGUCAAGUAUGGAGUGGUUGUGCGUGUCACUGUCCAUUGAUGACAGUUCUCGGCAUCUCUCGCACAAGAACCGAAUAAUGAUAAACAGAAAAGCAUGAAUGGCACGGCAGAAUUUCAGUAUACUUUACAUCCAAGUGUCCAAUAAAGUAUAUAAAACAUUAUGAGUAAUAAUUCUUAAUUUGGCAAUCAGAAGGAAACAGCAUCAUUAUGGAGGAGAACGAAAUGUAUAAUGUUACGGUCUCAUCUUUCCUCGGUGAACCAGCCUUUUGGAACUAUUCCGAUCAUGUCAUCUUGGAUGAUCUUAAAAUGGACAGCAACUUUAUAUGGUUGCUAUGUUCAUUAGUAUCUGCCAUAUCCUGGAUUAUUUAUAUUGCUUAUUAUAACAGUAGAGUGACUGGUUAUGUAUUGACAAAAUUGUUAAAUCGAUUUGUUAUUAGAGAUGGAUAUGUUAAAGUUGGAUCCUUCACAGUGAAUGCUUUAAGUGGAAAGAUAAUGUUUAGAGAUAUAGUUUAUAUUACAGCAGAUUAUAGCUUCAGAAUUCAGGAUGGUUGGCUUAUAUUUAGAUGGUGGAGGAGCUAUGUCCCUAAAGAUGUAUCAGAAGAUCUUUCGCAUUCUGACACGCGGCUGUCAGUUAUGUUAAACGGCUUCGAAUUACACGUCUACAAUCGCUGUCAAUUCUAUGCACAAUUGGAGAAAAUUUUUGGCCUUACACCGCAAAUGUUUUCCGACGAGGCGAGCCACAAUGUCAAUAUCGACGAUCGGGACGGCGAAACUGUGAGUAACGCGGCCAACGAAACUCGACACUCGCAAAUCAACGCGAUAGAUGUGUCACGCCAUGUGGACAACAUCAGGAAGAAGGAGGCUCAUGUGAUCGCGCGUACCUGGAGAGAUCUGAUACCGGUUAUCAAGUUGGACAUCUGCACAGGGAGAUUGGUAUUUGGCAAUCGAUUGGUGCCGACUACAUUAUCGAUUACCGUGGAGGAGGCGCACUUCGUAUAUUCCACGAAGCCAGCGGCGUCUAGACACGAUCACUUUAUGCACUUCACCAAGUGUAAGGCGGAGAACUUUAAAGUUAUCUUGGCGCCUAGCCCAAAAUACACCGGUAUGGUCGACGAUCCGCCUAGGUACAUGGGAGAGGGUUUCGUUAUCUUAAGUUCGAACAAUAUGGAAGUAUAUUAUUACAUGGACGAACCCGGUGUGGUGCCGGAACAUCCCGAGAUGAUACAGCUAGUGAAUGGAGACAUGGUCGAGGCGAUGCCUCCCAUAUGGGGCAUCGAUAUCAAGUGCGGAAAAGGCACAGAUUUUAGUUACGGCCCUUGGGCCGACAGACAACGCGAACAUCUGUUCAAGUUCUUUUUUCCCAACGAUUACCAGCCGCUGAAGGUCACGAAAUCACCUAUUCCGGGGGACAAGAGACAAGUUCAAUCGUUUGAUAUCAGGCUGUCGACAUUGAACGAGGCGACGAUCGACAUACUUUUCAGUAAAAACAGGGAGACCAAUGCCGUUCACGUUAACGUAGGACCAGGGUCGUAUUUGGAGAUUACAAUGCCAUGGAUAGUAUUGCAGGACGGAUACACUACGAAGAUAACCGGCCAAUUGCUGCAUCUGGAAGCCACGACCAGUCUGCAGUAUCGGAGUUUAGUGGAGAGCGAGACCUUGGAGUUUGGUGUGAAGUGCCACUAUCCCAUCAAAUGGAACGACCAUCAGGAAUGGACGCUGAACUUAACCGGAUGCAAAGCAACCGCCAACUUGGUUUAUUCGCACAAAGACUUCUUCCAAGACAUGAUCAACGACUGGGCGAGUAAAGCAAGACCCGACAUUCUACACUUCGUUCCUUACACGUGGAAGUUCAGUCUGCUUCUGAAGGAAUUCGAACUGAUCACCGUCUCCAACGAGUACAAUUGGAUCGACUGUUCGUCUCAGAAUCAAGAGAACGCACACAUCGCUUUCUGCGGGGAAUUCUUCGAUUUGUCGUUCGAUCUUCCGUUUGUGGACUUUCUACCGGUUACGAUACCUCUGCGUUUUUGGAUUCAAGGAGAAAGCGUCGAUCUUUCCUUCUACCUACCGGAGGUUAAUACCAAUCGUAUUAUUUUAUUAGCGUUAGAUAAGAAUGCGAAAAUUAUGACGCGCGACGGAUCUCACAAGCACUUGCAUGAACUGAACAGAGGUAAGAAGUGGCGGAAUUUCUGCCAAAAGGAAGCGGGCUGGGUGGACUGUUGGUCCGUACCAAUCGUGGCCCUGAGUAUCAAUUAUACUUAUCAUCCGUGUCCACCUUUGGGUCCUACGCCGCAGGCCAACAUAACGACGCCGGAGAAGGAAGAAAUUCUCUUGUCUCCCAUGCGAAUUCCCAAAUGCAGAAAAUCACCGGGCCUGCAGUGGGCGAGAAACGGCGCGCAGAAAUUCGACCCGCAAUCGAUAGCGCCCGACAAAGUUAGUCUAGAACUUGAAAUCGGGCCAUCUAUAUUAAUUUUGUACGGGUCUCUGCUGAAGAAUUUCAUGCAUCUGAAGGAGAACUUGUUCGGCGAUUAUCAAACGUUCACCGACAUGCAGCAAAGCAGAACCAGCUCGACGUCCGUGAAUGCGGAGAGAAAUAAGGAUAAAGAUUUGCAGAACAGCAGCGUCGAAGCGUCCAUGGAAGACGAGGAGAUCAAGUCCAAGCCGUUUGAUCCAAGAGAUUACAGGCCGCUGGAAGUGACGGUCGGUGUCACUAUGCACGACAUUCAAGCUCAUUUGAUCAAGAAUUGCAACGAAAACGACCCACCGUGUCCGGUUAUACUCCUAGAGCGCUUUGGAUUUGAGAUGAGGAAAGGCUACAAGGAGACUGAACUCCAACUUCUGCUUUCCCCUGCUAUCGCUUUGGUCACAGACAACGUAGCGAGAUCCAGUAAGGAGCAUCAUCUGAAUCAGGGUCACUUGAUGCUGAGCGCGCUGCAAGUCAGGGGCCACGCCAUGUUCAGCAACGAAGGAAGAAAUCUAGACCAGGAGACGUUGGAGUAUGCGUGGUUGAUCGAGGUGCAGUUAGGUAAACUGAGUGGAAAGAUCACUUCCCCUCAGUUACAUCAUUUCGUCACGUCAUUGGAGACUUUCUUAUUAAUGGCAAAGAACACCGAGAAUGGUUUGCGGCCGCCUAAUUUGCCGUUUCAUUGCCACCAUGGUCUUCCUCCGUUGCAGUGUCCGGAGAGCGAUGUCGAUAAGCAUUAUAGAUGUCCAAGUUCCGAAGAUAUCAAAUAUAGAAUGACAAGACUGUCUAUAGAUGCUGUUGAUUUGUAUUUUCAAGAAGUGGGUACCACUGUACAAUUCUGGAUAUCUCCGAUCCGUGUUUCCACAUGUAAUCUUCAUGGACAUCAGGUGAAGUCGGGCGUCACCGCCGUUCUACCUACGAUAUUGAUUCGGCAGUUUGUGUCUGCAGCUGAUUACUUUGCGAAUACAAGUAAUACUAAUACAACUGGCAGCGGGAGAUCGCAUAAUAAUGCAAGCAGUCGAAUGUCAGGUGAUGGCUCAGAUAUAUGGCUCGAAGUAGGAUCAGUAUCUCUGGGUCCGGUCAUCUUAGAAGCCGCAAUUUCUCUUCCCACUCCAGAGCACAACUUGCAUUUAGUACAAAACAAAUAUUUGAAGAUGCACGAUGAGACCACGAAGCGUUUGUGGUUUCUCUGGCCGCAAGAAAGCGGCGUUAAGUCGACAAAAUGCGGCUGCAUCGGUGGUUGUGUGUUUUUUGGCAAUAAUCGAAAUGGACCAAAAUUUUUCAAGCCAAGUUACCAUGAUCUUCAAGAUGGUAUUAAUAUUGCUGCCUAUAGAAUUCACGAACCUGGUAAAGAAAAAGGAUUUGGACAGUCAAUUUUGCACGACGGUCAAUUGGUAUUUCACACACCACCGUACAGUUUGCAGGAUGUGUCUUUGCAAGACGUAUGUUAUCCUGUCACAGGAUUGAAAGUAACAGUCUGUCAAGAUGGCACGCAAACUACGAAGAAGAGUACUGAAAGGCCACGAUCUGUGACCGACCAUAGCAAGGAAGAAAACACUAGUACAAAAUUAAACGUUGCUUCUGCAAGCCCGCUGAUAUCGAAUACGGACAGAAAACCAUUGGACAGGAGAUUUUCUUAUACAUCAAUGCGCGGGCCGAAUAUAAAAGAUGUACCGUACUCUCGUUUGAUCGACGCCAGUCCCGUAGCCCAGUUACCCCAGAAAUUAGACUCCGAUUCCAAAUUGAACGCGGAACGCAGCAAAUCCAUUCUGAGCGUGCCAGAGAUCGAGACUGCACCGAAAAGUAGCGUGUCCGACUCCAAGCUGGCUGUAGAUUAUUUCAAUGCAGCAGAGAACGUGGAAACGCACGAGUCGAGCAGUCCACAGUCUUUACCCAUAGUACCAACUGAAUUUAAUCUCUCGGGAUCUAUACAAUUAACUACGAGGGAAGGCGCGGGAGUAAACGUAUCGGAUUCUCAUCAUUCAUUAUACAUAAGAACAAGCUCGGAGGAGAGACUGAAGCAGGAGGUACAACGCACGAUAUCCAUGUCAUCUGAAAAUCACUCGGAAGCAUUCUACUCCGCUGACGAGGACAUGAGCCACGGAUUGAGCGGAAGCCGAACAUCCAGCUUGCGUCAGUCUAUCGUCGGCUCCGGUUGUGUUUUGAAUCGCAACGACAGCAUAAAGAAGAAAUUUUCGUCGGACUUGUCGAUCGUCGAGAGCUCGGCGAAUGUGAAUCUCUCGGUGGCGGAUAAAGCGCACACGUUAGAAAGAGCGAAGACGCAGAUUCUAAGUACGAAGAAGAGCCCGAGGAUCAAUAGGAACACCAGUUUCCAAAAUGAGGCUGAUCCGGUCGAUAAUGGCGGCUUGCAAGAUUCCUCGGAUAGUCAUUCGGUGUCGUCGACCAGCUUCAUCUCCGCCGUGUCGUCGCAAGAAGACGUCACGCUGGUAAACUUGCACAUGCAAGUGAACAAACCGAUCGUGGACUCGCCGUUGCUAAUGUCUAGCUACGUCAGUCACUUGACACAGGUACGUUGUUCGAAUUGGAAUCAGUCGUCGUUACCUGCGGGCGGUGAUGCGUUUACCACUCCGGUGUUCCAACGCGCAGAUGACGGCAGACUGGUUUACAUCGGUGGGCGAUACGUGCCGAAACUCGACACGGUUACGGAAGGCUUCACGUCGUUGAAGAUGAUAACGCGCUCCGAUGGUUCGCCCGUAGCGUGUUCGUCCAACAAGACACCCACGCAUCCUUAUUUAUGGGACGAUACCUCCUUAAAUCAAACGGAAGGUGAGAACGACAAUGCGAUGCAUGGCGAGGAGGAGUUGUUGGCGAUAUUGAACGAAACCGGCUCGCGUACGACGGUGAUCGUGAAGUUCAAGGGAGACGUCGACAUCAUGCUGAGUCCUAUGGUUCUCGAGUCGUUUCAGCGCUUUAUCGACAGUAUCAUACCGACGUUGGGCACUCUGCAUCCGUUGACAAUUCUGAAUCAUCUUCACAACGAGUGUAUAGGUAAAGUGGAGGACGCGAACAUCCUGAAGCAAGACCAGAGUUUGUCGUAUUGGAGCCAAGUGCAAACCAGCUCGAAACGAUCAACGGCGGAAAGGAACAUAAAAAAUGGUCAAGGUGAUGAUAAAUGCAAGAUCGCGUUGCAGACGAACGUCUACGAGGAGAGCAUCACUACGCAAGUGCAAGGCAGUAUUAUUUUGCCGAAGCUGAACCUGACGUUGUUGCAAGCGUCCGUCGUUGAAGAGAUCAUAUCAUUCUCCGCGCUGGAGAAUAUUCGCGACUUGACGUGCGUGUCGAUGUUUGCGAUUUGCCUGGAUGACGUCACGGCGCGAUUUUAUGUGGGAAAACAAGCUCGAGAGGUUGUUCAGACCUUCCAUAAGCCAGCUGCGUUGCCGAACCAGAAAAAGGUGAACAAGAUCAGCAAAGCGUUCUUACCUGGACAUCAGACCACCGCGGUUGUAGCCGACAUGGGUGGAGGAGAGACGGUGUAUAUCGAAACGUCGGAGAAGCAACAGGAGGAAAUUAUAGUCACUUUAAAUAUCGGCAAAGCGCAUUCUCAAUUAAGAAGGCUGAGGAACGAAUCUUCGAUACUGAAGGACGCGGUGAUAACAGCCAUACCUGCGCAUUAUUCUAAAGUGUUAUUCACUUGCACCAGAAUAACGUCGCCAUUAAAGUGCGUCGAUUAUUAUCUGCAUCACCUAAUCGAUGAGAAGGAGAAGCAAAACAAACAAACUGGACCGCCGCAAGCUACCGAAGAAUUUACCAUGGGAUGUGGAGAAGACAGACUAGGGUUUAUUAUGUUCGAGUGCGGCUUAGAAGGAAUUAAAUUAAAGGUAGUGAAGAAGUCUCAGUUCGAGAAGGGAGAGAACGGCGACGGUGACAAGAAGAAUGAUAAUGAGAUACUUUGCACGGACAGUGUCAAGAGCCAAGAGGAAUUGGAUAACGCCGCUGCGUCUGCGACAACCACCGCAGAGGCAGAAGCAAAGCCGACGAAUCCAUCUACGGCCACUCAAAUGAACAUGAGCGCAACAUGCACCAGUCUCACGUCCAAGGUACCAAAGGGUAACACUGUAUCAGGCGUGAUCGAGUUAAAGACGGUGUGGUUCAAUUUUGCCGCGCCGCCGCGUACCCCGAUAACAAGGAAAAUCGAUUAUACGAGACUGGAUUGGAAUUUGCUCAGCACGGCUUCGCCGGCGAUCAAUGCCUGGAUGAAUCCCAGCAAUAAAUUCGCCAUUCGAAUUGUCCACAUGUUCAGGACAAUGUAUCGAAGAUCCACCGCUAUUGUCGCCUGUCUCAUGGCGGAGGCGUUGGAUGUACAAGGAAUUCAUAUGCCUCAGAAGAGUCGUUACGGAAGAUUAACACCGUUAGCGAAAACACUGCAGGAAGAUCCCUCCUGUCAGUUGUGCAGCAUAUUGCAGAAUUAUGUGUUGUUGUCCGAAAUCGCGAAUAUCGAGGCCAACUUAAAGGAAUCCGAUUUACCGCUUCUCUCCACACUACGGCAGGGUGUUAUUGUAUUAAGUAGACAAUGGAAGAACGUUCUUUAUACGCCAUUAUUAUUGGAGCAUAAUUAUAAAACUAAGCACGUUAAACCGUUAAACGUUACUUUCGCUGUGUCAGAUCCUGAUGAGGAGAAUCUGUUGACGGACGGGGAAGGUAGCGCAGGAGAUGUUGAUGAUCAAGAAGUGACAGAUGAAUGUGCUAUGCUGAUCCACGCGGACCACAUGCAUAAACAUAUACAUAUCAAAGGUGGACAAGAUAAAACAGCAGGUAUGUGUGGUGAUGGUUUGACGGUUCCCGUAAGUUCUCCUCGCGGGAAAGACACGACCCCUUUAGCAACACCGGUUCCAGGCCCGGAUUCAUUUACCUCUCCCUCUCCACCCGUAGCGCUUCCAAAGAGAGGAAAAACGUUGCAACCAACGCAAGUGCCUGCUAGUACACGUGCAAGUAUCGUUUUUCCAUUGCUCACCAGUGGUGGGCUGUUCAAUCAAACACGAGAGCCAAAUAACAUAAGUUACGGAACACUCAGAGAAGAGAAGACUCCACAGAUUCAUAUUUCACAUUCGCAUCAACUCGGUUCCAAUCCUAGCAUUUACUCCGGAGGUAUAGGUCACGGCAGCCAACAUAGUACUGGGAGCUUAGAUCAAGUAACAUCUCCCACAAGUCAUUCCACCAAGCCUAUAAAUACAGGGGAAGAUCUGUAUAGCUGGAUGGCAAAACAGCAAGAAUUUAUAAAAGACCAUGACAAAGGAAACUUGAAAGGGAAUUGGGUCUUUCGUACAGAGCAAAAAUCCAUUAAGGACUCAAAGAUUAACACCAUGACUACCGAUGACACCGAAGAUUCUGACAUACAGAGCGGCGCUUUUCUCUAUCCCAUGAAAGAUUCUUUGCGAUUGUUGGAUGCACAUCUGAUUUUCGAGCCGCUUCUGUCAUCCUUAUCAGUUAUGCCACAGCAAAUGUUAUCCGUUAUUGGAUCGGGAAAUGUAAACAAUAUGUCUUCCUUAGAUUCAUUAGGCUCGUAUUUAUCUCUCGUUGCCGGUAUGGAUACCAUGCGUAUCGACAUAGUCGUGAGCGAAUUUGGAAAAGUAACGGAUAAAAAGAAAAACAACAAAUAUCAACAAAGAAAAGGAAAUACCUCGAAAUUCUAUCUCGACAUACCGCCGGAAACUCCAGCCUUUUUGUGCGAAAGAAUUGGCAUAGAUAUAGAUGUCAAGAAGAUGGCUGACAUGACGGUGGAUGAUAUGAUACAAAAACAGAACGUUUUAUACAUAUCCAGAGGCCAGUUGAAGAAACAUACUAGCACAGUAGUAAAUAUUGGUCUGAAUAUUCGAUACAUAAGCCAACAGGUGAACAUGCCUCUCCUCAGAUUGUUACAUCAAAUAAGUAACAUGUAUCAGAACGUGAAGGAAACACAAAUGGAGUUGAAGGAACAACAGCCGGAAGGGAAAAGGAAUACCAACAUAAUCGUUAACGAAACUGCUGCGAAGAACGGCUCGUCGUCAACGUCUGAUCUGCAAGAGCAGUUCCUCGUUGGCGGCAAGAAGGUUGAGGCUCCGUUGCUUCGCAGCAGUCUCGAACCGAAUCAAUCGAAGAUGCCCGGUGCGACUGUGCGAUCUCGGCCGCAGAGUUUCGCGCAGAAAUUGCGCAGCACUGGCAAAAGCGUGAAGGGCUACAUUAAUUUGAGCGAAGGCGUCAUCACACCGAGUUUCGGGGCGAGUCCCAGCGGAUCCGGACUGGACAAGUUCACAGUGCUGUCGGACAAGUGUAAAGACAGCGCGCACUUGACGCCGCGUUGCUGGAAGACUAUAUAUUACCUUCUGGAUCUGUACGCGACUCGUCCGGAAACAAAGACCAUCACUCAUCGAUUCUCAAUACCCGCAGACGCGGCGGAACACUACAAGAGCGGAAGAAAGUACGAGAUUUUAAACGAAACCAAGGACGCCGACGUCGAGAAGGGCUUGAAUGAGAAUAGCUCGACGCCUAUUCCACCGUCGAGAGAAUUAAACAUCGUGACGGGCGAGAGGACGCGACUGGUCAUUUUCGGUCUCGCGCGAAUCCACAGGACCAGAUUAUUGGCUACUUUAAGUGGUUUGAAGCUCGAAGCAGAGAUCACCAGUCUACAGGCUAGUCUGACUUGGCGCAAGAAGUCGCGACCCGCGAGUUUAGAGGUCAGUAUGACCGGACAAAUUGGGAGGACCAUGAUCGUUCUGCUGGAAGGUGUCGCGCCCAGCCAACAGACGGUUGUGAAGGUCACCGUUGGGAAGUCGCAGACUCUGUACUCCAGUGUCACGAGACGCCAGAAAGACAAGAACAACGGUCUGCUGACCGUCGGCGCUGUGAAUAUUGAUAUACCUCAACACCCUGUAGCCUUGCACGGAAUGAUGACCAGAGGUAGCAAACAGUUGUCGUCGACCUUGCAGGAACUCAGAGUUACCAGGACAUCGUCGAGAAUGUCGCGAGGGCAGCAGCAGGAUGAAGUAGACGCUCUUCCGGGCAGCCCGCAUCAUUACGCGCCAGCUCCCUCGAUAGACGUGGAAAAGCCGCAAGCAGUGUCCGGCUUGUUGGAGCCUAUCGUCAUGCAAUUUCAUAUUAUACUUCAGAGCCUCAGCAUUACCGCAGCGUUGUUACCGUCCCUCCAAGCGCAAUACAAGAUGGAUCAGGUGAACAGUAUCGGCAUAACAGGUAGCAAAGCUAAGUUCACCAUAGACUUGCCGCAUCAUAAUCUGAGUUUCACGACGAAGCUGCAAGUGACAGAGGCGAAUCUACCGUCCGAAGCUAGCAUCGAGCUGCCUAAAGUGCACGUUUCGGCCGAGUACAUACAAGAUGGCAGCAGUAAUUUAAAUGAUAGUAAACUGGCAGACGGUGUUGUGUUACGGCAGGGUAGCUAUCUAAGCGCAACUGCGGAUAUCGGAGUGUUCGAGCAUUCCUUGACAACGGAUCUCUUGAAUCAUUUGGUAUUUGUACAGAAAGUAUUCAUGAAAGAGGUAAACGAAGUGGUACAGAAAGUCUAUGGCGGUGAGAAGCCGGUACCCUUGUGGCUCGAAGAUGAUGAAUCGAAUAGUUCAACGUUGAAACGAAUUUUGUUCUCGUUAAUUAUACGUAUCAAGAGGAUUCAACUGACUGCAACGACUCCAACGAGCUCAGCGGUACGAUUAGAAACUGGAGCGGUGGAGUUUCAACUGUCGAACAGAGUACAAAACGUCUCCGGUGCUACUCAACCGAAUCCCUAUAUGAAGUUGUUCGGCAAGGCGCAAGUCGACAUCAACUUGAGUCUGGGGCAGCUACUGAAGAAUGUCGUGUUCGAGGAGGUCGAGCCCGAGUUUCAGGAAUUCGCCUUCUUCAACACCAGAAUAGGAUUGCGAAAUGCUUUUCAAGAGGAGAUGGCCCAGGGCGAGGACAAGGAAGUAGUUUUGAUCACCCUGAAACGACCGCUGAUCUACAUACAACCGAUGGCCAUCGACAAAGCCAUACUGGUUUGGCUGAAUUACAAAAACGCGUACGAAUACUGGAACGAGAAACGAUCCAAUCUGAACAAGGAGGUACUGACCGCCACGCAACAAGUAUUCGAAAAGGUUCCGUUCGGUCAACUGACGAGUCAACUUAGCGCACCUCAUCUGGGAACACUGUUCUUGCAAUUAACUGUCGACGAUAUGGGUAUCUGUCUGCCGCUUAAUCCUUUACCACCGAACAAUUGGAGACUAAACAGAGGUCUCUACGAUGGUAGAGACGAGUCGCGAGGUGCAGUCGUGGUGACGCUUGAAAAUACAAGCAUAUCCGCGUGCAGCAGCGGUAGUUUAGUUAGUAAAGGAAGAUUUGUCGGCUUAUGCUUGAGAUUUGCGGAAGACUUCGAGACUUCUUUGGACGACUGGAAGCCGGAUAUGACUGAUGGCAAUAGAAAGAACUUGUGCGCGGUGUCGGAUGGCACAUACGAAGUGUGUAGUAGGACUAUUGCGCAGAAACAAGACAAGUCUGAUAAUGCAAAGUGGAUCUUAAACGUUCAAUGGCAAAUGGAAGGAGUUGACAUUAAUCUCGACGUCAGUGUAGGACAACAAUUAUCAGCUCUUGGACAUACGUUGACAAUGUUAACUGGGUCCGAGGAGGAAGACGAUAUUCAUGUACCUCCAGAUUACGACAGCGACGACGCGGAUCAGCCAGAUAAUAGCACUAGCCAGGUUAAGAAAAAAGAAAGUAUAUUGAUGAAAAAGUCGAAGAAUUGGACCGACAGCCUGCCGGCGUUCAUCUUCGAUCCCACUCUCGACGCAAAGAAGAGAUCGAAACUGAUAGAAAAGGAAAUGAACGAACAAGCUAAAAUCAUAAACGACUUGCGAAUAUUGGGCGCCUCACACGGGACGAUCGAGCAAGAGAUGAAACGUUUGCAUGAAUUGGAAGCGAUGGUGUUCAAAGAUUUCAGAAGGGAUAUGAUCCAGAAGUUGAGGAGACAAUCGGUUAAAGCUUCCGGUAUUAAAGGUAAAUUGGGCCUCGGCAGUAAGACAAGUGCGUAUCGCUCGAGAUCGUUCAUCGUGCCCUCACCCACGCCGGAACAUCAGUUAGAGAGUCCGGAAGACAUGAACACGGAAAUUAAUUCGGCGAAUUCGGCUAGCUACGAGAGUAGUCCUAGAAGCGGUCCCAGUCGGUCGGCUUCCCUGCGCGUGAGAGGACUCGGUGGACCGAGAGUCACUUUCAGCGACACGCACACGAUGUGCAGGCAAUCGUCUCUGCCGAGCGCCGGUUCUGACUUGAGUUUACCGGAGGGAGAGUUAGAGUGGCCGGAGACUAUCGAGAUUGAAGGAGAACGAGUCGAGUUAAGGAAGAAGAACAGGGACACCAGUUGUACGUCUAGUUACGAUAGUAUGGAGGGGAAUGCACCAUUACUCGAUUCAUUCGGCAAGGAGCAAGCAUCGUCGACGUCGUCCCCAUACAUCACAUCUCAGAAGACUCAAGAGCCUAAUAUAGAUUUCGAGCUUGACGUGAAAGUGUUGAUCAACAGCGGAAAAUGCGUGUUGCACACGAAAGAUCCAGGGAGGGAGGAUGAGAUUAAACUCUUGAGCAGAAUGAAGAAAGAGAGAUCAUGUUCCGGUGGCACAUUCGAAUUUCAACCAGCUAGUCCGAGCAGCAGUAGAAAACAUCUAAACAGCAAGGAAAAAUCGUCGGCUACUAGCACGUCCCGAUUGCGAUAUCUGCAGCAUACAAGUGUGCCUUUGGUAGAUUUAACGAUAUUUCACAUUCCCGGUUUAGAUGUUAAGGUUCAUUACGAAUCGAAAACUCUCCCUGAAGAAUCACUGUCUCCACGCGUGUCUGCCGAAAACAGCCUGUUGAAUCCAAUCACAAUGACGGUGCUUAGGAAGUCCAGCACCAAGAAGGCCAGCCUGUUCGCCUGGAUGACUCUGCAAAGCAUUCCAGAGGAAACUAUCAUAAGCCCUCAUAUCCUUGAGUUUUUAGAGCAAACUUUAGAGCCGAUCCCGAGCAAGAAUAAUUUUCAGAGUAGCGCGCAGACUAACGCUGGCUUCCUCUUGGAGAAUACAGACACUUCGUGGGCUGCCACUGCUGCGAGCAGCAAUUACGUUUACGCCAGUUUUCCAGUCGAUGUCAUAGUAUAUUUUCACAUGCAGCCGUCUACAUUUAGAUUCUCGUGCUUGCCAGUGUCACGAGUAGAAUGCAUGCUACAGUUGCCAUCCCUCGACAUCGUGUUUUCGUCCAAACGGGCCGAAGAGGAGCUAAUAGAAUUCCGGGAAUUCAAAUCGUUGAAUGCGCAAACAACGGCCAAGGAAGGUGGCUCGGCUAUUGGUGGGCUGUCUGUUACAGGUUGUUUGGCAGAUUUUUCCGUUUAUAUUUUUCAUCCGUAUGGCGGCGGUAAGAAAACGGGCCUGAAGGAAGCGCAAUGGUCGCCUCUGUCAGACAGCGAAAGGAAAGACUCAUUGAGCAUCAACGUGGAAUUCGUCAAGUUUCAUUUAUCGAGAAGCAGGAAACUGAACUUCCAAAGCGAGCAACUCAAGAAGCUUUCGGACACUAGUCGUGCUGUCAUACGAUUCUCGACGAUUAUUGAUAUCGGAUCCGCCUCGUUCAAGUACGAUAUGCGUCGAUUAACCGAGAUCCUGGCCUUCCCAAAGGCCUGGUAUCGACGCAGCAUUGUGAGGCGCUUAUUUCUCGGAGACUUGAGUUCAGGUGCCUUGUAUUCCGAAGGAGAUGGCAGUCCUCCAUUGAAUCAAGAAGAGCAUCAGGCAGUCAUGGGCAGUUCAUUGCUGAAACACUAUGACAGGCAUGUGUGCGAUCCACUGUCCAAGAGCGCACCUGAAAGGAGUCCCGUGUUGAACAGAGAUAAAUUGAAAUUAAGCUUGGAGAAUGACGCACCGAGACCCGCGCGAUUGAAAGAUAUCGGAAGAGGGUGGAGUUUUACUACGGAUAAACAAAUAUCGUCUGAAGUCAAGCUGAGGGAGUCCGCGUGGGAGACGUUAGUGCUGUUCGCGGUGAACUUUACGCGCUUGAAUGUGCACAUGAACAUGGGUAACGUAAUGGGUAACGUCAGUUGGAUGACGAAAGACUUCAGGUCAGACGGCAGACUGUCUAUCGGUAGUACAGGACACAAAAAUCUCUACAUAGGCGUCGGUCUAGGAGGCUCGAGCUUGGACGCGAAAGGUGGUAUAGUUGGUGGGACAAUUGAAUUGAGCAAAAUUGAUACUUAUAUACAUAUCCGAGAAGAACCCGGAAUAGAACCUGACCAUACCGUGGGAUUGAAAUUGUUUGCGUUGGAAUUACGAUUGGACUAUAUGGGUACGAGUGUUUUGAUGUCUCGAGUUUCUUCGUUGGACGUUACUCUGAGAGACGAGUGGAAGAUCAAUCGUAACAGCGGCGGAGAUGCUUUUAUGCCGACAAGAAGACCCGCGAUCAUUUUUAUGCACGGAGAUCUGGGUUGGGAUCAACUGCAGAUUAUGAUCAGCAAAUCGACAACGGCCGAUCUAUUGAAAAUGUUUUACAAACUCGACGAGUUCUUCAGCCAACAAUUCAAAAGCAGUAAACGUGUGUUCAGCUCGCUGCAACCGAGGCAUCAGAGAAUAAACAGUAGCAGUUUCAAAAAGAGGCAACAGAAGAAAAGAUCCGGUGCUGAUGGCCCAUGGAGUUUAAACCAGACUGCGAUAUCAGAUGCUAGACAUCAUAGACAUUGGCAAAGAGUGUUGGCUCAAGUAGCUGGUCUUCAAUUAGGAAGCUUAAGAUUUUCCCUACCGUCAACCGGUACCGUCCUUGGUGGUACAAUGGAGCUUCAUGGCUCCAACAUUAGCUUAGCCUGUUUCCACGGGAUUAAUUUUAAGAGUAAAAGCUGGGCUUUGUUCUCGCUGAAGGAACCCUGCAUCAGUUUCGCCACAGAAGCCCAAGAGAUUCCAAGUGUUGAAACUCCUAACACAUGCGACGUUCACGUCGUGCAAACUUUAACCAUUAGCUUGGGUCAUCAGCAAGAACAGCACGCGCGGCAUCAUUCCAUGGCAACCGUCUGUAGAUUAAGCCGAAGCGUUCUAUUUCCCCCUCAGUUCAAAUCUCUGCAAGAAUGGUUCCAUUAUGCAUUCGCCAGUAGUGAGAUCGAUGCGGUAGACAGAUUCCCGUGUGUUGAGAGAGACAGAAUAGACAAUACAGCCGACGCUAGCAAUACAACGCGUGGCAGAAGCACGUCCGCGACAUCCAGCAAGCUGCAGGAACAUUCGCACACGCGGGAAGUGAUAUUCGCUCUGCCGUCUAUGCAGUUGCAUCUGAAAACUGAGCAUCUGCAAACCGCCAGGACGCCAGAUGUCAUAGGUGAGAAACCGUUGGUCGAGUGCAGCUUCAUAACGGAAUUCGAAGAUCACAUAUUUGUUACCGUCGACGCUGAAGCCUUCUUCUUCCUGCAUGAUCUCAUUACAUCAUAUGUGAAAGAAAAGGAAAGAGUGCAUACGAUGCAGAACAUGAGCGCCAGAGCGCACAGUCCCGAUCAGCAAGACAGGAAGAGUGCAAGCGCAAGCACCGCCAAUGCGUCCAACGUGACCGUCAGUUCCGAAGACGAGAAGAAGCGCAAACAGUUCGAUCCAGCUGAGAUGUUUAUCAAGGACUGGCGAUCGUACAGAUGCAAAACAUGGCACUUGGAGCCGACAGUGAGGCUGCUCUCGUGGGCUGGAAAAAGUAUAGAACCUUACGGCAUAGAUUACAUUCUUCAAAAACUGGGUUUCUCUCAUGCACGCACGACGAUACCAAAAUGGAUACAACGAGGAUUCAUGGAUCCUUUAGACAAAUUGCUCGCUGUUCUUAUGUUAAGAAUGGUAUUAGCUGUUCGUGAGGAACCAUCGGACGAACAAAGAGAAUAUAAAAGAGAAAAAUAA